CACCGCACGCUGUUCGCGCAGCGCCUCGCAGUCCGGCCUCUGCAGAGCUUGCGCUGCACCUUCUGUGGUUGCAAUAGCUAGCUGGUGCACCGUUAAUUACCUCCCCGCCCACCGACGCCGCUAGAGUAUGUCUGCUGCUGUAGCUUCGCAGGCGCAUGGCCAGCAGCACUACCAGCAAUCCCCUCGAGCGCGACGACCCUCGACCGGCGCAUCGCCCAACACACCCAACACGCCCCGCGCACAGCCGCCGUCGACACAGCACAACUCCCCAGCCAUGAACUCCAGUGCUGUCCCAACCGCCGGCGGGCCCAUGCCUCCCCCGCGGACCUCCUCACACCGCUCCAGUAACGCCGCAGGGAGCUCAAGUCGGAGAGCAAAUGAGGGCAGCUCAAGUCGCCCGCAGCCUGGGCAUAGCCGCUCUGCCACGGCAGUCGGCCAGCCCCCUAUUGGCACCAACCUGCCCCGCGAGGAAAGCACAGUCAUCAACAGGAUAGGUGUUUCAGAUCCCCAAGAGGACAUCGCCCGUGAGCAGGCGCGGCAGGCUGAGAGGGCGCCCGUUACCGCAGGUGCCGACCUAACGCCCAUAACAGGCCUGGGUCUUGUUAGCAGUGAGGGUGUCGAUGAUGGCGGCCGAGGCGCUGGCGGCAAGAGCAGACAAGACCACUCGAAGAGCGAGGGCUCCACCAAGAGAACCAAGUUUGGUAACUACAUCCUGGGUCAGACACUCGGUGAGGGCGAGUUUGGCAAGGUCAAGAUGGGCUGGAAGCGUGACAGCAGCGUCGAGGUGGCUAUCAAGCUUAUAAGAAGAGAGACUUUGGGCAGCAACUCGAACCGGCUGGCGAAGAUCUACCGCGAGAUCCACAUCCUGCGCGGGCUCGACCACCCGAAUAUUGUUCGGCUGCACGAGAUGGUUGAGACUGAACGACACAUUGGCAUCAUCCUCGAGUAUGCAUCUGGCGGUGAGCUCUUCGACUACAUCCUCAACCAUCGCUAUCUGAAAGACGGCCCGGCGCGUAAACUGUUUGCCCAGCUUAUAUCCGGCGUGGGUUACCUGCACAAGAAGGGUAUCGUCCACAGAGACCUGAAGCUCGAGAACUUGCUUUUGGACCGCAACAAGAACAUCAUCAUCACCGAUUUCGGGUUUGCCAACACCUUUGACCCCAAGGAUGAGCUGAGCGAGGAGGUCGAAUACAGGCUGGGCGAUAAGGACUUUAUAAGGCAAAUGGGCCUUGACCAGCCUGACGCGCGCCGCGGCGAUCUCAUGCAGACUAGCUGUGGAAGUCCUUGUUAUGCUGCCCCCGAGCUUGUUGUCAGCGACUCUCUCUACACUGGAUGCAAGGUCGAUGUCUGGAGUUGUGGUGUCAUCUUGUACGCCAUGUUGGCUGGUUACCUGCCCUUCGACGACGACCCAGCGAACCCCGAGGGUGACAACAUCAACCUCCUGUACAAGUACAUCGUUUCCACCCCGCUCACUUUCCCCGAAUACGUCACACCGCACGCAAGAGACCUUCUCAAGCGGAUACUCGUCCCCGACCCAAGAAAGCGCGCCGAUCUGUUUGAGGUUGCGCGUCACAGCUGGUUGGCAGAUUACGCACAUGUCGUGGGCUUCAUCACCACCAGCAAUGCCGCCGAGACCCAGCAACAAGGCUCGGUCUAUGCUAAAGAUCCAUACGAGCAGCCGCCGCCUCUCGCCAGAAGUGCUUCCGUCCGGGAGCCAACGAAGACGCAAGCGCCUCCAUCAGCACACGGCGGGCUCACAGCCAAACGAGACCAGAUCAACACCACGACCGAGAAGCCGAAGACGUCUCGCGACAACAAGCGCCGUACCGUUCAAGUCGAAUACGUUGCCCCUCAAUCGCAGACCCAGCGCGGCGAAGCAUCCCCACCUGUUGUCUCUCCCGAUGCAACACCGAAAGCUGACCCUAUCGAGCGCAUGCCUGCCGAACCCACAAACACAACCACAGAUGGCUACCAGUCGUCCUCCAGUGCGAGACCUCCUCGCUCUUCUGGGGCAGCAGGUGCUCCUCCACAGGCUCGACCAGGCGGCCAGCCUCAAAGAUCAGUCUCCGACUACUCUGCUUUCGGUACUGCGCCCGCGGCAACGACACGGCCGUCGACAGGAGGUACCCUUGGCGGCUCGAGAAUGCCAUCGCGAGGCAACUCUUACGCGCAACCAGCAGCGGCUACAGUGGCCCCCACCAACGCCGAAGGUCGCUUCUCGCAACCCAAGGGCAAGAACUACUCUAUCUCUGCGCCAUACCCUCAACAGGAGCCUGUCGUCAUGGGUGAGCCAAGCAUUGGUCAACCAAGCACCCAGCGAGUGCAGUCAACUCAGAUUGGACCAACUGGCGGACACCCCAAGGGUGGCCACAAACGGUCAAACACUGUCACCGAGACUCUUGGUCGUAUGACAUCCAUGUUCGGCGGUCGUCAGAACUCGUACACACAGGAUCCCAAGGGAUCUUUCACUUCUCAGGACUCUUACGGCAGGCAAGAUGAAGAGAGGAAGCAGAAGAGGUACCCUCCUACCUCGAUGCCUGCGUCUAUGUCGAACGACAACCCAAUAGGAUCAUCAGGGCCAAGGCCUAGCACAGACUCGAGACGUCGUCCAUCGUUCAGCUUUUCACGCAAGAACACCGAUGAUGGGGGUCAGAAAUCCCGACGCUUCUCACUGCUUCCGUCCUCAUUCUCGAAGAACUUCGGCUCCCAGAGAGAAAGUAUGCCGGCUGACAGUUACGGCCAACGUCGCGGCUCCAAUGCUGGUCGAGCUCGCAACAACUCUCGAUCUGGCAUGGCGUUCGGUCGCGGCACAGAAUCCCGUUCUCCUAGUCAGAGCACCAUGGGAAGCAAUGCCGUGCCUGGCUUAUACGAUGGCCAGCAGGACAGCAACUCGCGCACCCGCCACCCUAACACCAGCACCCACUCCCACGGUGCGCCGGGUCCUUCCUCCGCACCGUCUCACCAGACGCAGUUCGACUACCCUAGCCAGGCGCCUAUCGGCGACGACAAGUUCCCCAACCCCCAGCAGCCACACCCUAGCCAAGCGCCCAACCGGCCGUACGGACGUCAUCCUAACGAUAGCCAGGCUAGCGAGCAGAUGACGCCAACGCAGUCUCACGGCUCACAGCCGCAGCGCGUGCAGUACCCGCAGGGCAUGGGCGGGGAGCAGGAACAGCGAGGUGGCAAGCUGCAGAAGCACAGGAAGUUCGAGGAUGCAUACGAGGGUUCGGGCGCAAACAAGGGCAGCUCGGGCAGCAGUAAGAAGGUUAUGGACUUCUUCCGCCAGAUGGGCAGGAGACGAGCGGGAAAGUGAGGGCAACAAUCUGACCGGAACCAACAUUCUUGAACAUAUUGUUCGACUCGACAGAUUUACAGCAUUGGCAGCGAACACCGCUUCGCGCUGUCAGCCACAACACACCAGGAGAAGCGGAAAGUACAGAUCGAAUUCGUUUUGUUCGCGUUUUUGCUUGCAUCGCUGGAUAGAGCAUCAGCGAAAGGGUUCGAUAAUAUUUGCAUUAGGUGGCGUUUCCAUUUCUGGUCAGGCGUU